AUACCCACCCCAACCCAUCAUCUCUCUUUCCUCUCGAUCUCUCUCUCUAUGCCUGGGCGGUGGAGUUCUCUCUCUCUCUUCUUUUCCGUCGUUCCUCGCGCCGCCUCUUCCAGCAUCGAAUCGCCGUCGCAUCGCCUCCUCCGGCUGCAACGGAGAAUUGCAGGUGGUGGCUGGUAUGAAUUACAGGCUCGUGAUCCCCGUCAAGGAUGGCGCCGCAGCCGCCCCGAAAACCUAUACCGUCGAAUUCCAGUUGGUUCUUCGUGAAUAGCUGGAGGAAUUGAAUGAAUUGGCUGAUUUGUGGCAAUGGCGGUGCGGUCCUCCGGCAAUUGCGUGGCAUGAAGAGGAAUUGGUUGAUUUGUUGCAAUGGCAGUGGGGGCGGUGGGUGAAUCCCCUAUGUUGUUGAAGCUAUAAAUUGAAUUCGCCGCUCUCAUCCCAUCCACGCCGCGCCCCUUUGCGCGUCCGCUUCCCUGCACCACCACUAACAACAACAGCCGUGCGCCGCCCGUUCUCACGCCAUAAAAGAUACCGGCCUCUGUAGCUCGGAAGAAGUCAGCCAAAGAGUUGAACCCUCCGCCUCUCUCAUCCCAUUCCCCUCUCGAUUUGCUGCUUUUGUCGACUGGUGCCCAACUGAGUGUGGUAUCAACUACCAGCCACCAACUGUCAUCCCCGGUGGAGACAUGGCCAAGGUGCAGAGGGCCGUGUGCAUGAUUUCCAACUCAACUAGUGUUGCUGAGGUCUUCUCAAGGAUUGAUCAUAAGUUCGACUUGAUGUAUGCCAAGCGUGCUUUUGUGCACUGGUAUGUUGGUGAGGGUAUAGAAGAAGGUGAGUUCUCAGAGGAGAGGGAGGAUCUUGCUGCUCUUGAGAAAGAUUACGAGGAAGUCGGGGCAGAGUCUUCUGAAGGAGAUGAUAAUGAGAAUGAGGAGUACUAAAGAAGCAGUUGUCAUAUGAACUCCCAUGUUGGUUUUUAAGUGUGUUUUUUCAGUGUCAUGUUUGUCUAAAAAUUUAUGUUGUUGUUUUAAACUAUUUCCCUAUAUUUCAUUAAAGUUUUUCUCUACCAUGUACGAAUCUUUGGAUGGCAUUUAAAACAAGUAAACAAUUCUGAGCGUGCAAA